GUGCCGUGCGCUCCGGACCCUUCGCUCCCUUUUCUCCCCUCCUCCCUCCUCCUAUCUCCUCUCCUGCUCUCCGUGCAGAUCUCGACGCACACGGGCACAACAGAUGGUACAGUACCACAGGCUGCAGGAGCGCUAGAAUCGGCUGUAGAAGUACUUUUUAUUUCUCUGAACUUCACAGGGACGUAAAGUGUAAUAGGAGUGGGGAGUGAGGACAGACUCCACUUUGACAGGCACUGGAUCCUACGUUUAGUGGCGGAAUUUGGAGUCAAGGUCAGGAGUGGCCAUGCCAUUUGGCUGUUUAACAAUCGGGGAAAAGAAGGAUUACCACAGUCCUUCGGACGUGACAGAUAAAUAUGACCUGGGUCAGAUCGUUAAAUCGGAAGAGUUCUGUGAGAUAUUCAGGGCCAAGGACAGAACUACAAUGAAGAUGUACACAUGUAAAAAAUUCCUGAAAAAGGAUGGGAGGAAAGUCCGUAAGGCUGCAAAAAACGAGAUUGCCAUAUUGAAGAUGGUAAAGCAUCCCAAUAUUCUCCAACUGGUGGAUGUCUUUGAGACCAAAAAAGAGUACUUCCUCUUCCUUGAACUUGCAACAGGCAGAGAGGUGUUUGACUGGAUCCUGGAUCAAGGCUACUAUUCAGAGCGGGACACCAGCAAUGUGGUACGCCAAGUGUUGGAGGCGGUUGCCUACCUCCACUCACUCCACAUUGUUCACAGAAAUCUCAAGUUGGAGAACCUGGUUUACUACAACCGCCUGAAGAACUCAAAAAUAGUCAUCAGUGACUUCCAUCUUGCCAAGCUGGAGAACGGACUAAUCAAAGAGCCCUGUGGGACGCCAGAGUAUCUGGCUCCAGAGGUAGUUGGCAGACAGCGAUAUGGCAGACCUGUGGACUGCUGGGCAACAGGCGUCAUCACGUAUAUUUUGCUGUCAGGCAACCCACCUUUCUACGAUGAAACUGAUGAUGAUGAUUAUGAAAACCAUGACAAGAACUUGUUCAGAAAGAUCCUAGCAGGAGAUUAUGAGUUUGACUCUCCGUACUGGGAUGAAAUCUCUGAUUCAGCUAAGAGUUUGGUUGCUCGUUUGAUGGAGGUGGAUCAAGACCAGAGACUGACAGCCCAGGAGGCUAUAAACCAUGAAUGGAUCUCUGGUGGUGCAGCCUCAGAUAAGAACAUCAAGGAAAACGUGUGCGCACAAAUAGAAAAGAACUUUGCCAGAGCUAAAUGGAAGAAAGCUGUUCGGGUCACCACCAUCAUGAAGAGACUGAGAGCACCUGAGCACAGUGACGCAAAGGCGGCAAACCCUGCAGCCGGGGCCCCAGCAGACUCCACAGCUCCCCAGGCUGCUGCCGACCCUCCUGCUCCUUCAUCUGCCACAGCACCUGAGGGUUCAACCGCUCCGGUCACAGAGCUCCCCGCCGGAGCGGAGAAAAGUCAACCGGCACCAGAGGCCUCGGCCGGGGUGGCGCCCUUAGCCGAAGACCAUCAGCAGCCCAGCCCGGCUCCACAUGGGGACGAGCCCGCAUCGCGUUGCAACGGUGAAGCUUCAGCUGCCCUUCACACACCUGCUGAAGCUGGUGAUGAGCAGGGUUAAAAACCAACCUACCACCCCCGCGCCCUGUUUGACUUCUGCAGUCCCCACCUACUCCUGCACACUGUACAUUAGCUGCUAGCAUGGUGACACUGACUCUGCUUCUCUUUCACUUGCAGCAUUAGUAUCAUCUCAUGGAAGCUGUGUGCUACCUUUCCUGAGCCUGACUGCUACGUUGCCUUGGCUUUUUCUGUUUGUUUUUUUUUACCCAUGUACGGUGCUUUUUUCCCCCUGACCUCCCCCAGUGUGCGUCAGAUUAUAUAAACACUAACUUCAAAAUCUUUAGUUUUAGGGCUAAAACGAUUUGCUGUCAAGCUGUGGCUUGCAGCUAACAUUUUCUUUCCAUUUCUUCUCAUAGUGAUAAGAGAAUAAUGGAAGACAUAAUUGUGCUGAAAACAGCUUUGAUUCCUCUUUAAUGAGCCGACUUGGGAAACUUCUCCCUGCAGUUAUCCUCGCAAUUCCAGUAUUUGUUUGUAGAAUCGGUAGAAAAGUUUUGCUUCUUAACAUUCGCACCUGAAGAAGAUCACGAGCACUUCUCUCACUUGACACAUAUGGCUAUCUUUACCGUCUGUUGUAUUCUCCACUUACCAGUUAAUGGGCUUUUAAUCAGCGACUGGGAGUUUUUAUUAAGCCAGUGUUGUGUUUAGAACGAGGCAGCUGCACACAUAAGCACACACAGACACUAUGUUUCUUUGCUAAGUUCCUGCUCAGGAAAGAACCUCAUAGCUGUAAGUGUAAAGAUUCUGUACAUAGAGACCUUUGUAGAAGUAGCCAAAACAGCAUGCUUUCUCACUUUUGCUGUUCAUUUUACACCCACUUGGUGGAUAAAGAUGUGCUACAGCCAGCUUUGUCUUAUCACAGGCCACAGCAUUGUCGUCUCUUGCCACAAGCCAUGUGAAGGCUAAUGUUCUUUUCAAAAGCAUACUGUACAUUACGCUAUCAACUGCUGCUGUUCCUUUGGCGCCCCCGCUGUUAAUGUGAAACAACCCCACCACUCUUUUCCUCCCAUUUUUACAUAGCAGUUCUAUGCAUCCAAAUUUUUUUGUAGCUUUUCUUUUUUAGAUGCCCUCGUGACAUCCCGCCAUCUUUGACUUGUUCAAAACAUUUGCGUUCAGAUACCGACUCAAAAUACUUCAUGCACUGUGGUGACUUUGCUGUAAUUAGGGCACCAUCACUUACUCUUUGUUGACCUGUAUUGUACUGAGAUGUGCAACCACAUAUUUACACUGUGUUUUUUUUUACUAUUUCUAUUAUGUAUUUAUUUAAAACU